AUGAAGGGAGCGAACCUGGCUGACGGCAAAACGGCAGAAUUUUACUUCCGACAGGCGCGGGCGACGGCUUCCACCAAUACGCCGUCUAUGCUCGCGGCGGCAAAAGCGGUCCUCGCGCCGCGCGGCACGGUGCGCGCCGCCAUCAACAUGUCCAAUAUCCUCCUCGUCACCAACCGCGCCGACCCGGCGCAGCCCGGCGGAGUCGCGCCUGACAUGGCCGCCGCGCUGGCCGACGCGCUCGGCGCCAAGCUGCAGCUGGUCCCGUACAAGAACCCAGGAGCGCUGGCGGACUCGGCUGGCGCCGGCGAGUGGGAUGUGGGCCUCAUCGGCGCCGAACCGGCGCGCGCCGCCAUCAUCGGCUUCUCGGCGCCAUACGCUGAGAUCGAGGCGACGUACCUCGUGCGGCCGGGCGUGCCGUUUCACACCGCCGCCCAGGUGGAUACGGAGGGCGUGCGUGUGGCGAGCUCGAGGCGGUCUGCGUACACGCUCUGGCUGGAGGACAACCUGCGUGCCGCGCAGCUCGUGCAGACGGAGGAGCCCGGUGCCGAAGGCUCGUGGGACCUCUUUCAGGACCGCGAGCUUGAAGCGCUGGCCGUCGCGUUCCUGGAUUCGUUUGUGGCCGACGCAAAGUCGUCAGGCCUAGUGGCGAACCUGCUUGCCAAGCACGGCGUCGAGGGGAAGCUGUCGGUGGCGCUCUGA